AUGAAUCGUUACGGUUCAUCUGUCAAGAAUACAUUUCUUAAUGUUAUCAAUAAUAGAGCGUUUAAUGUAAUUCUUACUUCAAUAAUAGUAUUUUUAUCUAUAUAUAUAUUAAUUGUUGGAUUUUUUCAUCGUAGUUUAAUUCAUCCAUUAACUGAUAUUGAAACAUUACCAACAGAUGAACCAUCGACAAUUAUUAAUGAAAAUGAAUUAAUUGAAGAUAUUCAAGAAAGUACUAUUCAAACAAUAAUAUCACUCUUCUUUUUAUGGUUUAUAUCAUUGAUAGCAUCAAAAAUAUUUAGAAGCAUCUAUUUACCAGCAUUAAUUGGAUGUCUUAUAGUUGGUAUAUUAUUUAGAAAUUUAGAAAUAUUUAAAGAAUUUUUAUCAAUUGAUAUAUUUUGGGCAGAUUCAAUAAGAUAUAUUUCAUUUAUUAUUAUUCUUAUACGAUGCGGUAUUGGACUUGAUUCAAUUUCUCUCAGAUCACAUUGGCUUUUAUGUGGUAGUAUUGGAAUUAUAUCAGUUAUCUUUGAGACAAUAACUAUUGUUUGUGUAUCAUAUUUUAUCUUCCAUAUUCCAUUUGGUUUAUCAAUAUUACUUGGUUUUACUGUUGCUGCUGUUUCUCCAGCAGUUACUGUUCCUACAAUGAUUCAUCUUCAAGAGAAAGGUAGAGGAACAGAAAAUGGUGUUCCAACAAUUGUUCUUGUUUCAAGUAGUAUUGAUAAUUUAUUUUGUAUAACAGCAAUUAAUUUGGCUAUUUCUAUAAUUUUUAGAAGAACAGAUUCAUUAUCAUAUACACUUAUGAGAGUACCAGUAGAAAUAGCUGUUGGAGCAUUAGUUGGUAUUAUUCUUGGACUUAUUUUAAGACAUCUUCCUAAGAAUGAUUCAAGUGUUGUUCAUUUUACAAGAACUGUCCUUCUUGUAACUGUUUCAUUUGCUCUUUCAUAUGGGUGUAGAGCAAUUUAUUGUGAAAUAGCUGGUCCAUUAGCAGUCCUUCUUAUGAGUAUUGUUGUUUCAAUGAGAUGGAAAGCUGAUAAUAAUGAAAUGACAAGAAUUGAGGAAAAUGCUUUUGCACAUGCAUGGAGAUUAGUAUUUGAACCACUUUUAUUUGCCUUAAUUGGAUAUAAUUUUGUUAUUAGUGAUCUUAAUGGUGAUAUAAUAUUAAUUGGACUUGCAAUAAUUGUUAUUGGUGUUGUUGGAAGGAUUGUUAUUGUUUUUCUUAUUACAAUUUUUAGUCAUUUUACAAUGUCAGAAAAAGUUUUUACAGCUUUUUGUUUUAUGCCUAAAGCAACAGUUCAAGCAGCUUUAGCACCAGUUAUUUAUCAAUUUUUAUUAAUUGAUUUAGAUUGGAAUACACAUGCAGCUUUCUUUAUUUCAACAUGUAUUAUUGCUAUUAUUAUAACAGCACCACUUGGACAAAUUAUUAUUCGUUUAUUUGGAUAUCUUUUAUUAUCAAAAUUUAAAAUAGAUCCAUUUGGUAGGAUGAAUCCAUCAAAAGCUUAUGAACCUAAUCAUUUUAUGAAUGAGAUUAAUGCUGGGUUAGGUGAUAAUAUGCAAACUGUGCAAAAUGAAGUUUUAAGUGUUUUAAAUGGAGCAAAAAGUACUAUAAAACCAUCAUCAUCAACAUCAUAUAAAAUGGCUCCAAAACCAAUAAUUCCUAAUAACACAAUUGAUUAUCAUAAACAACAAUACAUGACACCAUCGACAUCAUUUCCUGAGAUAAAUAAUUCUAGUUAUCAAGAAUUUAGAGAACGCCGUUUGGCGGAAUUGCGCAACAAAAACGAAAUUAUUCGCAGUGAAUAUGUCACUGAAUCAACGAAGCAAACUAAAUUUUAA